GGGCAGUACUACUUCCAGUUUUUAAAAAAUUAGUUUACAGUACUCUUCAUUGGACUUUAUAAAAAAAUCGUUUCGUUGACGCAGUUAGAAGUUUAGAUGCAUUUGUUAUUAAUUUUAAAAUAAAACGAAUCCAGAAAUCAUUUAUAAAAUUUCGUAUAAAAACGACAGAAUCAUAUAAAAACUUCUAUUCCUGUCAUAAAGAAUAGCCCUGGAAUGCAAAAACAAUCACUGAACUGACUUUCAUCACAUAAUAAUCGGCUGAACUUGUCACUCAAAUAUUUAAUUUUGUGACGAAAUGCCCGGCGGAUCAAUUUAAUUACUAAUCGGAUUACAUUAACUACAAAUAUCUUUGGCUCGCUCAAAUCGCUGACAAAUUGAAGAAUUUCUUGGAAUAGCAUAUUCAGAAUACGGCAUGGUACUACGAUGGAAAAAAAGGAAUGUCGGAUGUUUCGAAGUGACACAGCCUACCUUUUGUACCUUCGCCAACAGAAGAGUCUACCCAGUAAAGAAGAAAUUAAAAGACAAACAGAGAAGAAGAAAGACAUUUUGCUAUAUAAGGGCGCUUGUCAAAAGUGUGGGAUUUCUUGUGUAUCUAGAUUUAAGCAUCAAAUUGGAUCUACCGACAUUGAUUUGUCUAAUUCAUGUCUGAACAAAUUGGAACUGUUGGCCAUAUUAUACACAAUAAAGACUGGUCAUACGAUACGCGAUCUAAAUCUUUCUGGGACAAAUAUGGACAUUUUAUCGAGCCGAUAUCUCUCAAACUUCCUCAAACACAACAAAACAUUGAACAACCUCAAUAUUUCAAAAUGUUUAGUACAUGGGGAAAUCUUGAAAACUAUUGUCGCUGCACUGCUGACGUCACAGGUUCGAACGCUAGAUGUUGGAAAAAACAAUAUUCAGGAUCGCGACAACAAAAUGGUAGCUUUAUUAAUUAAUCAUAAAACAUUGAAAGAACUUUAUCUGAGUCACAAUAAAUUGGAAACAAGAAACACAAGACCUAUAGAGUUAUCCUUUGCCUCUAGUUCGCUAGAGAUUUUAGAUCUCUCAUGGAACUGCAUUCGAUUUACGGGAGCAGUAGAUAUUUCAAGAGGUUUGAUGCGCAAUAAAUCAUUGCUAAGACUCAAUUUAUCUUGGAACGGAUUUGGAUUUGAAGGUUGCGUAGCGCUUGCAGAAAUGUUAAAAUCAAAUAAUAUUUUGACAGAACUUGACCUUACAAAUAACCGGAUUCAUCCGCCAGCAUUGAUAGCUCUCAUACGUGGAUUAGCACAAAAUAAAACGCUUAAGUUACUGAAUCUAAGCCUCAAUCCUAUACCAGCAUCAUAUUCCUGCAUCUUGUUUGGUAAUAUUUUGCAGAAUACAUCUUUAAAUCACUUGAUAUUGAAGAAAAUGGUCGUAAAUGGGGAGUUUGUCGAACUUCUUAGAAACGUUCAACAAACAAGAGAUGUUCAAGUGGAGUUUGAAAAGCCUCUUCCUGUACCCUCCCUGGACCAUCAAACAAUGACUAAUCAGGUCAGGGCGCCCUGGUUAUUUAAUCUUGACCCUCUCGCUCUUCUGUUUAUGCUGAAAGAGAAAAACAGAGCGCAAGACUUCUUCAAUAAGAUAAACAGAGAUGGCGACAAUGUUUUAUCUUAUGAUGAAUUUAAGGAGUUGUUCAAGCGUGCUGGUGUCCCCGUCUCUCAACUAGUUCUGGAUAAAAUCAUAGAGUUUUUGGACAAAAAUAAAGAUGGGAGCAUUGAUUUGAGUGAAUUCUUGGAUGGCGACAAAAGGAUGAAGAAAAUCACAAGAGGCCAUGCAAAAGAAAAUUUGAGAAGGGAAAGUUAUACUAAGUAUUCUCGAUCGUUCAGAAAAGCUAAGAUUGAUGCAAAAACAUUUCGACUAGACAUUGAAUCCAAUCAAUAA